CCAUGCUUGUUUUCCGGACAGUGGCGGUUGGCAACGACGCUCUUCCAACGUAUUCCAAAUGAUGUAGAAAAUUUCAUUCGACGUUUACGUUAUUUAUUCAUAGUAUUUUAAGUUACGUUCGAGUUAUCCGAGUAAUUACAAUCGGUUCGCGUAUUUAAAAAUAAAAAAAGUUUGUAAUUCGAAAGUAUGAGACCAGAUUCACGGAGUGUCUCGUUUACGUUUCACCGGGAAGUUCUGAGUGUGAAAAAUUCACCGGAGAUCACUAAAAAUUCAAAGAAUUUAAGGCGCCGGCUUCAGGACCGCUUCGAAAAAGAGAAGCCCACUGAUUCCUGCAAAGAGAAGACGUCCAAAGACAAACAGACGAGUGACCGAAGCUGGAACAACUUGACGCUUGGAAAUAUGUCAGCGGACUCUAGACGGGCACUGCGGAGCGGAGCCGAGAAAUUAUCCAAAACAAUAUCUUCUGUGCGCACAACCUUUGGAACUAUUUCACAGAAAUUUAAAAGUUCCACACGCAGACGUCAAAGAUUGGAGGAACAGCAAUCGCCGAAUAGCAUUUGCAAAAUGCAGACACCUCAGACACGUUCUCGUCAACUCUUAGGAAGGACUCCGACAAAACUUUAUAGCCCUUUCGGUAUUGAGUCUCCCAGGCAUGCCUGGGACAAGGAAAACAACGAAACGCCAGUGCACACGCCACCAGGAGGGAACUCGCAUUAUAUACAAUGCAGACCGUUCUGCUUCACAAGAAAAGGUUUCUCCAUGUUGAGAUAAAAUUUUUCCCUGCUUCUUACUAAGGUUUCCACAAUGAUCUCUCUUUUACUUCCUAGCAACGCAUUCAGAAUUGCGUGCCUUGUGCAACUUUAAUUGAUUUAUUUAUUGGAUUUUCCUUGAAGUAGCAAUCUGCACCUACAUACUGUUAUCAUAAUGUAUUACCUAUGAUAUCAAGCUGCUUUACAUGUACAUGCAAUGUAUAAUGUAUUUAUACCUUUUUAUACAUAUUUAUAUUGAUAAUUAUUACCGACGCAAUAUCAAAUAAAAAUGCAGAACCAAAAAUUUGGUGGAAUAA